UUCUCUCACCUCCUCCUCCUCUUCAGGAAUCAGGUGCACCUGUCACCCCGAGCCAUGUCCUGCUGCAAGCCCUGCGACCCUUGCUGCCAGCCCUGCGGCCCCUGCCCCCUGGGCAGCAGCUGCACUGAGUGCUGUGUCAGGCAGUGCCAGGACUCCCAUGUGGCCAUCCAGCCACCUGCUGUGCUGGUGACCCUGCCUGGGCCCAUCCUCAGCUCCUCCCCACAGAACACCGCCGUGGGAUCCUCCACCUCUGCUGCUGUUGGCAACAUCCUCAGCUGUGGCGGAGUGCCCAUCAGCUCUGGGGGCUUUGACAUCUCCUGCAUCACCAACUGCUAUGGUGGCAGCAGAUGCCGUCCCUGCUAAAUCUGCUGGCAACGUCCUUCGGCAAGAAUGUCCAAGACCUCAGAACCUUGUUCUGGGCAGAGAUAAAGCUUCUGGACAUUGUAGUUUGAAUGUUCUGACCAUCGCUUCCUUGUUCUACUCUCCUCUCCUUUUCUGUCCCUCACUCCCCAAGGCGUGGGACACUCCCAGUGUGGACCUGCCAUCCUUCGUUCCUCUGCAGAGCAGUGCAAAGAACACCACAUGGGAGCUCCAUCUUAGUGGCUGCUCCUGGUGCUCUCUGAGAGCCAUCUCCUUUUCUUCUUUAAACUUAUUAAAAUUGUCUUGCAUUC